CUCUGCCAGAUGCCGGCGAGCCUGGCCGAGCGCCUCCUGCCCGGGGCCCAGUUCCACCGCUACGUGAAGGGCCAGCGCAGCGUCGUGCGCUCCCCGCUGCCCUACGCCGUCCCUGAGGAGCUGGCGGAGCACGUCGACUUCGUGGGUGGCCUGCACCGGUUCCCCGCGGAGAGGAGGGUGGUGAGCAGAGCCUGGGACGGGAAGGACGCGGGGCCGAGGCAGCAGCACGGAGCGAGAGCGGGUUUCCACCUGGGUGUGACGCCUUCCAUCCUCCGCCAGAGAUACAACAUGACGGGGGCAGACGUGGGGCUGCACCCCAACAACAGCCAGGCCUGCGCCCAGUUCCUGGAACAGUAUUUCCACCAGGCUGACCUGGCCGAGUUCAUGCAGCUCUUUGGCAGCAGCUUUGGCCACCGCUCCCAGGUGGACCACGUGGUGGGGCACCAGGGCAAGGGCAAGGCUGGGCUGGAGGCCAGUCUGGACGUGGAGUACAUCAUGAGCACGGGCGCCAACAUCUCCACCUGGGUCUUCAGCAACGCAGGGCGGCACGAGAGCCAGGAGCCCUUCCUGGCCUGGCUGCUGCUGCUCAGCAACAUGUCCUCGCUGCCCUGGGUGCACUCGGUGAGCUACGGGGACGACGAGGACAGCCUGUCCCGCGCCUACAUGGAGCGCGUCAACACCGAGUUCAUGAAGGCGGCCGCCCGCGGCCUCACCAUCCUCUUCGCCUCCGGUGACGAUGGCGCUGGGUGCAGGAGGGAGCCCGGUGGGAACCACACGUUCCGGCCCAGCUUUCCGGCCUCCAGCCCCUAUGUCACCACCGUGGGAGGAACGUCCUUCAAGAACCCCUUCCUGGUGACCGCGGAGGUGACGGACUACAUCAGUGGGGGGGGCUUCAGCAACGUCUUCCCCAUGCCUGGGUACCAGACGGCCGCCGUGCGCCGGUUCUUCCGCUCGGCCCCGAAGCUGCCCCCCAGCUCCUACUACAACAGCUCCGGCCGGGCCUACCCCGACCUCUCCGCUCUGUCCGACAACUACUGGGUGGUGACCAACCGCAUCCCGCUGCCCUGGGUGUCGGGGACCUCGGCGUCCACCCCCGUGGUGGGGGGCAUGGUGGCCCUCAUCAACGACCGGCGCCUGCAGCGGGGGCUGCCCCCCCUCGGCUUCCUCAACCCCGCGCUCUACCAGCUGCAGGAGCAGGGCCACGACGCCGCCAUCUAUGACGUGACGCAGGGCUGCCACCUCUCCUGCCUGGACGGCACCGUGCAGGGACAGGGCUUCUGCGCCGGCCCCGCCUGGGACCCGGUCACCGGCUGGGGGACCCCCAACUUCCCCCAACUGCUGCGGGCGCUGCUGCCGCCGCCAUGACGGAGGGCGGGGC